UUUGUUCUUUUCUAUGGAGUUCUUGUCUUUUGGUUAGGUUGAAUAAAAGGCGACAUUUCUCCUCUUUUUCCCUUUUUUUUUUGAUUUUUUUCUUUGUUUGUGGAUUAAUUGCAGGGUACAUGGCGAGGAGUUCCUUCAAGCAAGAUCAUGACCUGGAGAAGAGACGGGCGGAGGCUGCUAGGAUCAGGGAGAAAUACCCGGAUAGAAUUCCUGUGAUUGUGGAGAAAGCAGAAAGAAGUGAUAUUCCAAAUAUCGACAAGAAAAAGUAUUUGGUUCCAGCUGACUUGACUGUUGGGCAGUUUGUCUAUGUCAUUCGCAAGAGAAUCAAAUUAAGUGCAGAGAAGGCCAUCUUCAUAUUCGUUGAUAAUGUGCUUCCACCUACAGGAGCUAUAAUGUCUACAAUUUAUGAUGAGAAGAAAGAUGAAGAUGGGUUUCUUUACGUCACAUACAGCGGAGAGAACACAUUCGGGCUUGAGAUUCUGGUCUAGACUCCCGACAUGAAUCAUGAAUAAAACAAAGAAAAUCUGAAAUGGUGCUCUGGACUUCAUUCUCACUACAUGAGCCUUUCACUCGUUCCCAUGAUUUCAGCUUUUCUUUCUCCACGUAAGCUUUUAAGGCCCAUAAAAGAGUCACUCACCAGUUAUAAAUUGUACAGUGCAUACUGUAUUUAGCUUUCAUGGAAUUAAAACUACUCCAGACAUCUGAUUGAUGAUUUAUAUAAUCUACUCCAAUUUAAGUUGUUAUUCAAGUUUUCUUC